ACGUUGAGCGCUGGCGUCUCCUGAGGCGCAGCCAAGCUGCUCGGUGAGGUCCAGCGCCGGUGAGAGGACGGGACGCAGGUGUGAAAGACCAGGGAGGCAGAGGUCGCUCUGCUACAGGUCAGGUGCUCUCGCACUCAAGUUCUUGGUGCCUUGCAAUGGAUCCUGUCCGACCACGCUUCAGGGGCCUGUCUCCCGUGUACCCAUCUCAGUCUGUGCGGAUGCCAGGCUCUUGGCCACAAGCUCCAACACCUUUGGACCCAUCUCUGAGCAGGGCAGGACCUGCAGGCAGGGGCCAUGUGUUUGGAAAGCAAAAGGAGCCGAGUCCACAGAGUGGGCCAGUGCAAAAGGAGGCUGUGGGUUUAGUCUCAAUGUUCCGAGGACUGGGCCUUGAAACAGCAUCCCAGACCCCUCUGAAACGGGAGAUGCUUCCUUUAGGUAGAGGCAUUUUAGGUCUAGGCUUACCUACCAAUAUGGCAUGCAAGGACAAAGAAGAACCCCAUCCCACUUUUCUGGAUCCUUCAUUGUUGGCAGCUGGGGAUAGCAAGAUGGCAGAGGCCUCCGUUGGUUGGAAUAGGAUGCUCGGAAGAGGGAAUUUGGAUGCAUCUGUGUUACCAGUGGGAAGAGCAGCUGGUGGUUUAGGCAGAGGAAUAUACAGGGCUCCCAGUGCUCUCAGCCUGGCUUCUCAGGAUCCUGCCCAGCUCUCACCUCUGCCUCCUCUGCCCCAGGCCCCACUAUACUCUCUUGAUAGCCCUCCACUUGGAACUGCAGAGCGCAAGAAAGAGCUUUUUGUGAAGCAAGGAUCAAAAGGAACACCUCAAUUUUUGGGAUUGAACCUUAUCAAAAUACAGUGUCAUAAUGAAGCAGUUUAUCAAUAUCAUGUGACUUUCAGCCCCAACGUGGAGUGCAAAAGCAUGAGGUUUGGCAUGUUGAAGGACCAUCAAGCUGUCACCGGAAAUGUCACUGCUUUUGAUGGAUCCAUUCUCUAUCUACCUGUUAAGCUUCAGCAAGUUCUUGAGUUAAAGAGUCAAAGGAAAACUGACAGUGCUGAGAUCACCAUUAAGAUUCAGUUGACAAAGAUCCUGGAGCCCUGUUCUGACUUGUGCAUUCCCUUCUACAAUGUUGUAUUCCGUCGGGUAAUGAAACUUUUGGACAUGAAACUUGUUGGAAGAAACUUCUAUGACCCUACAAGUGCUAUGGUGCUGCAGCAGCACAGAUUGCAGAUCUGGCCAGGCUAUGCAGCUAGCAUCCGGAAGACAGACGGAGGUCUUUUCCUGCUAGCUGAUGUCUCCCAUAAGGUCAUUCGGAAUGAUUCUGUGCUGGACAUCAUGCACACCAUGUACUUGCACAACAAAGAAAGCUUCCAGGAUGAGUGCACUAAGCUUCUGGUGGGCAGCAUUGUUAUAACCCGGUACAACAAUCGCACCUAUCGUAUCGAUGAUGUGGACUGGAACAAGACUCCGAAAGACAGCUUCACCAUGUCUGAUGGGAAGGAGAUUACAUUCUUGGAAUACUACAGCAAGAACUAUGGGAUCACAGUCAAGGAAGAGGACCAGCCGCUGCUGAUCCACAGGCCCAGUGAGAGACAGAACAACCAAGGGAUGUUGCUAAAAAGCGAAAUCCUGCUGCUCCCUGAGCUUUCCUUCAUGACUGGAAUCCCUGAGAAGAUGAAGAAGGACUUCAGAGCCAUGAAGGAUUUGACCCAGCAGAUCAACCUGAGCCCCAGACAGCACCGUAGUGCUUUGGAAUGCUUGCUACAGAGAAUUUGGAAGAAUGAGACAGCUAACAGUGAACUGACACGUUGGGGACUCUAUCUGCAGAAGGAUGUACAUAAGAUUGAAGGACGUGUUCUGCCAAUGGAAAGAAUUAACUUAAGAAAUACGUCAUUUAUCACAUCUCCAGAACUAAACUGGGUUAAGGAAGUAACCAGAGACCUUUCCAUCUUGACUGUCCCCAUGCAUUUCUGGGCACUGUUUUACCCGAAGAGAGCAAUGGAUCAAGCCCGAGACCUGGUGAACAUGUUGGAGAAGAUAGCUAGCCCCAUGGGCAUGCGUAUGAGCCCACCAGCCUGGGUGGAACUGAAGGAUGACCGCAUAGAGACCUAUGUCAGAACCAUUCAGUCCAUGCUGGGGGUUGAGGGGAAGAUACAGAUGGUUGUUUGCAUCAUCAUGGGAACACGGGACGAUCUCUAUGGGGCCAUUAAAAAGCUGUGCUGUGUGCAGACUCCUGUGCCCUCACAGGUCAUCAAUGUCCGAACCAUUGGUCAGCCCACCAGGCUUCGAAGUGUGGCCCAGAAAAUUUUACUUCAGAUUAACUGUAAAUUGGGUGGUGAGCUCUGGGGAGUGGAUAUUCCUCUGAAACAGUUGAUGGUGAUUGGGAUGGAUGUUUACCACGACCCCAGCAGAGGCAUGCGCUCUGUCGUUGGCUUCGUCGCAAGCAUCAAUCUCACCCUCACAAAAUGGUAUUCACGAGUGGUGUUCCAGAUGCCUCAUCAGGAGAUUGUGGAUAGCCUGAAGCUAUGCCUGGUGGGCUCCUUAAAAAAGUUUUAUGAGGUGAACCACUGCCUCCCGGAGAAGAUUGUGGUGUACCGUGAUGGAGUGUCUGAUGGCCAACUAAAGACAGUUGCCAGCUAUGAAAUUCCUCAGCUACAGAAGUGUUUUGAAGCUUUUGAGAAUUAUCAUCCCAAGAUGGUGGUGUUUGUAGUGCAGAAGAAAAUUAGCACCAACCUGUACCUGGCUGCCACUGAGAACUUUGCGACCCCCUCCCCUGGGACCGUGGUAGAUCAUACAAUAACAAGCUGUGAGUGGGUGGACUUCUACCUUCUUGCCCAUCAUGUGCGGCAGGGUUGUGGCAUUCCAACCCAUUAUGUUUGUGUUCUCAACACUGCAAACCUGAGCCCUGAUCAUAUGCAAAGGUUGACUUUCAAACUCUGCCACAUGUACUGGAAUUGGCCGGGUACCAUUAGAGUUCCAGCUCCUUGCAAGUAUGCCCACAAGCUAGCCUUCCUGUCAGGACAGAUCUUGCACCAUGAACCAGCCAUCCAGCUAUGCGAGAACCUGUUCUUCCUGUGACUGGACAGUCAGGACACGGGCCGGUCAGAGCAGGCAGACUUCUGAGCUCAGCUGUGAGCGCAUCUGUGCAGGGUCCCCAGCGACCGGAAGGGAGUUCGUGUUGGUGUUUGCUCGUUCACCAACCCAGCAGAAGAUCUUUCUUUUCCUUUUCUUUUCUCUUUUAAGUCCGUUAACACUGAGAAGCAGGUUCCAUCAUAAAUUCCAGCUAGAAAUUGUCUUGUUGCCUUUGUAGAGCAAAUGGGGGUAGUCUGCUACAAUAUAGAUGGGGUGGGUGAAGAUGGGUGACCCUUCAGGAGUCUGCAAAGCUGACAGAAGCCAUAGAAACCUGAAGAAGCAGCAGUUACACUUAUAAACUCUGCUUACUAAGCAGUUCCCAUUUCUGGUGCCAGAGCUGGUAGUGAAUGAAGUCUUUGCAAAGUUCUUAAAGUAGAGAGCUACUUUAUUUGGGCAACUGGGAAAGGUAAGAAGGCAUAGUUUCUCAGGAUUUGGCUGUUGCUGGCAAAUGUGAAAGACAUGUCGCGAAACCAGCUGGUGGGUCCUUUUCAGACUCUUGCUGACCUAAUCAUCUCUAGGGAUUGAGUUGAUGACACGUGACUUGAACUAGUUUUGGAAAGGGUGUUUAGUUCUUUCUUGCCUCCUGAGAGGACAAACGCAGUUUUAUCUGGAUAUUUCAGUUGCUUUAUAGUAUGCAGUGUUGCUGUCUUCCUACCUUCCUCUCCCGACCUCCAGCAUACACACACACACAGACACACACAGACACAUAGACACGCGCGUGCGCGUGCCCACCCCCCCCCCCCCACCAAGAUACCUUUGCUCCUUGUCCUUGUUACUAACCUUUGGUAAGUUUCAGUUUUUUAAACUAAGAAUCAGAACAUGUGAAAUUCAACAGCUUUGAAGGUUCAUGACAGGCCAUGAGCUUUUCUUGACCCUUUCUCUGUGGUAUGUCACUUUCUUUUCUGUUGAUAUGUUUGCAAAUUGAACUACUCACUUUCCUUGCUCAAUACUCUCUUCCCGGCUGCUAGCUCAUUUUGUUAGGAAUUUCUCUGAGUCUGCAUUAAGAUUUCCAGAAGUUGGCUUUGGGAAACAUGACCCUCCUUCCAAAGUCCAGACGUUUCAGUUUAGAGAGUUGUCACUAUGCCUGUGGGUUUCAGUGUUUCGUGUGUGUGUGUUUAUUUUUCCGCUGUUUAAAAAUCUUCCAGUCCCUUCAGGGCUAAUUCAGUCUUACCUUGUUUUAUCUAGAUUUUUAAAAGCCAGUUUUAUUUAAUAUUUUUGAAUUUGUAUUUAUUUGUGUGUGUGUUUUAUUUUAUUCAUUAAUAUAUUUUUUGGUGUGGUGGCAGGGAGGGACGACGCAGAAAUUCUCAUUCUAUAUGACAGUGUGUGAGAAGAGAAACUUUAGCUUAAAACUCCUUAGAUGAAGAAAACCAACCUAGCAUUGCGCUGGCUGCUGCAUGAGGCAGAGGCUGAGCAGCCAUGAGGCUGGUGGUCUUGUGCGUUUCCGGCUGCAUGCGGAGUGAGGGACAGCGAAGGGCUGAGACCUGGGGUUUAAACACCGCAGAAUCAGGCACACUGGGUCACUGGUUUUAGGCUUAACAGUUCUCCAGUUCUCUUUGGAAGCAUUUUGAAUUUCUCUUUUGAAGUUAGAUUUCCUAAUUCUCAUUUCUCUUAGAUAAUCAGAAAAGACAAAUACUUGAGAUAGCAUAAACAUUUCUUCACUUUUUCCUCCUGGUUUUCUUUCCUUGUUAUUUCAGUCUUAAUGUGAAAUGACUGGGUCAUGGGGUGGAAAAUAAAAAGAAAUUUGUAUAUAUGUGUAAUUGCGUUUGUAAUAAUGUUGACAUAUGGUAGUGAUACAGUUCUUUUUCUUCAUAAACCUGUAGCACUUGGUAGAGUUGUUAAUUUGUUACUGGGCAUGCUGGGGGCAGCUGCAGUAUUGGUACUCAGGUAAUUUCACUGAAAUCUGGCAGUAAGAUUUCUUGAAGAAGAUACUAAUAGUCUGUCUUCUGGGACAAAUGAGGCACGUGUUGUGUGUGUGUGUGUGUGUGUGUGUGUGUGUUCUGUCUUGUUUUCAAAGCUCUCUCCCCAUCAGAGAAUUUCCGUCAGCCUGAGUGAGAGCCAGCUGCUGAGGGCGGCCCUUCCCUCCUGCCUUUUCCUGGUGCUUGUCCUUCUCUGCUGUGCUUCAUGGCGUGUCCGUAGCCUUUUAAAGUGCCUUCCCAAAGAACCCUGACUGCCUGCUUCACCACUGCAUCCUGUUCUGUUUAUUUAGAAACUCCAUCUUCAGGGAUUCAGUGCUUCUUGAACUCAUCCUUAAAAUAAUCUAAUUUAGCCUCUUUUUACUUGAGCAGCAUUUUAUUGAAUGGUAUGAAAAGGGAAGUAGUUUUAUAAAUGACUAACUCUUCAUAUUGAAAAUGUUAUAACUUGUGCCUGAAAUUUCUCAGUGAUUUGGGAUAAUUGGAGAAAGACCCUACUUUCUUUUUUUUUCCCCUAAACCUAGCUUUUUCUGAGUGUCUUACCUUUCCCUGUCUAGACUUAUUUUCUCUCUUUUAAAAAAAUGAGGAAAUUCAAGAGAAUGAGAAAAAAAAAGCCACAGACUAGAAGAAAAUAUUUGCAAAAGACACAUCUGAGGGGCUCCCUGGCAGCCCAGUGGCUAAGACUGCUCUUCCACUGUAGGCGCUCGAGUUGAAGCCCUGGUCAGGGAAGUCCUACAUGCCGUGAGGAGCGUCAGAGGAUAAAAAAGGACAUCGAUAAAGGACUCUUAUCCAGAAUAUACAAAGAACUCUUAAGAUUCAACAGUAAGAAAACAACCUGAUUAAAAAUGGGCAAAAAGACCUGAAGAGAUAUUUCACCAAGAUAUACAGUUGGCAAAUAAGCAUAUGAAAAUAUGCCCAACGUCAU